AGGCACAAGCUGGGCAAAGACUGCAGGUGCGAUGUGUUGGCUGUAAUGAUGCACAAGCAUGGAGAAACCAGGCGGAAACGGAGGCCGUCCAAGAAAUCCGAGGGGUAUGCCGAGCACAGGCACCGAGGAGUUGAAUGCAUUCAGUGUGGUUUCGGUCAGCGGAUUCCUGAGCGCUUUGUGCGUAAAGAAGCACUUCUGGAAUCUUUAGGGAGGCCUAAUGCGAAAUUCGCAGUAUGCUAUCAAAAUUUGAAGGCGUUCGCCACCGUCUUUUAG